AUUUUAGACUAGAUUUGUAAAUAAUGUAGAUUUUAUUCGACUAAUGCUUCGAACAAGUAACCAAAAAUAAUGAUUUCUGCAAUAAAAUAACGAAGUGUUGAAUAUUUUAUCAUCUUUAUAGUUUUAGUAGCAGCUUGCCACAAUGCUGAUCAAAGAAUAUCGUAUCCCUAUGCCAAUGACUGUAGAAGAGUACAGGAUUGCCCAAUUGUAUAUGAUACAGAAAAAGAGUCGCGAAGAAAGCCAAGGGGAAGGCAGUGGUGUUGAAAUCAUUGAAAAUCGACCUUAUGAGAAUGGACUCGGGGGAAGUGGGCAGUAUACAAGGAAAAUAUAUCAUAUUAGUAAACAUAUACCUAGUUGGUUUGUUGCAAUACUUCCCAAAGAUGCACUUAUUGUUUACGAAGAAGCAUGGAACGCCUAUCCACAUACGAGGACCAGAUAUACCUGUCCUUUUAUCGAUAAAUUUUCAAUUGAUAUCGAAACUAAAUAUUAUGACGACCCUGGUGACCAGGAAAACGUUUUUGGAACUAAUUCUUCAAAAAAUAUUGCUGUUGAUUUGAUUGACAUUGUGACUGACCAAUCAGUAGACAAGAUAUUGAAGGAGGAGGAUCCAAGAUUGUAUAAAUCUGCAAAAACGGGUCGUGGGCCAUUAAAUGAGAAAUGGCUUGCCAAUGCUAAAAUGAAUAAAGGGAAGGAUGGCCAUAGUGUCAUGUGUUCUUAUAAAUUGUGUAAGGUUGAAUUCAAAUAUUGGGGAAUGCAAUCAAAGAUAGAACGUUUUAUUCAUGAUGUAGCUCUUCGGAAAACCAUGGGUCGAGCGCAUCGUCAAGCCUGGUGCUGGCAGGAUGAAUGGUUUGGACUAAACAUGGCCGACAUUCGAAGAUUAGAGAAAGAGACCCAAGCUGAAUUAGAGAAGAAAUUUGGAGGAGAUUCAUCUAUUGAUAGUGAUGAUGGAGCAGGUGAUAGCUUGGCUGAAAAGUUACCAACACAAGUACCCCUUUCACAAGUAGCUAAGAAUGGAAUAAAUGAUGAACAACCUGAAUUGGUGAAAAGGAAAAGUAUGGAAGAUAUGCAGGGACAAGUUACAACGACUCGUAAAAAGAAACUUUCACGCCAGACGUCAUCAAGCUCUAUGUGGUCAAAUCAUAGUAAAGCCAGUGGUAAAUCUACUCUAUCACCCACCAUAGCAGAAUGGAGAAUGCAAAGCAUAGAACAACACUCGGAUCAAUCUUCUGACGAGGAUGAAUUCUUUGAUGCGAUUGAGAAUUUUGAGAUCAGUUCGAACAGUGGUUUGAAUAGUUUGGAGAAAGAUCGGUGGGGUUCGGUUGAAAGUUUGGAAAAUGAACUGAAGAGAGAGGUAGAAGAGGAAAUUGUACCUGUCAAUGAUAAUGGGGGUAACCUAGAAUCUACGAUAACUUAUCAGAUCAGUGUUGAAGAGGAUUCGCUAGCACAGUCGACCUCAUCUUUCCACUUGCCAGAAACCUGUAAAAUCAACACAUUAUUCCUUGUAUUGCACGGUGGGAAUCCUGUGGACUCAUCUCCUGAUGGUGCUGGUAGUAGUUCUACUAAACAGGCUGAUGUUGGCACCCUCUCCUCUACAUUUGAUUCAGUAGUUGCUUCACAUUAUAAGACAGCAAUGGGAAGAUUUGCUUUCAGACUUGUUUCCUGCCCUCCUGUUUGCGUGGAAGCUUGUAAUGCUUUGAAAAAUCUUAGCCCAACUGGCUACGAUAGCUCAUCAUCUCAUCCGUUCUCUAGCGCCCUCGUAUCAGCAUACGCAACGUACAGUUCACAAUAUUCAGAAGCCGUCAACCUGACGUUUGCUUCAUGCAACUCUGUUUAUAAUUCUUUUACUUUGUCUGAAGAAGGAAAAGGAUUCAAUGGCCAGGUUUGCAUUAUAGCAGACAGUGUUGGCGGCCUAAUUGCCUAUGAUAUGUUAGUUUGUUCGCCAGAAGGCAGACGCAGCAAUUCGACAGUCGGGAAUAAAUGGGGUACCUCUCUAGCCCCUCAUGAGGAAGAAGAUCGCCAUGCAUCGAGCAACAGUUUACCAUCCUCCCCAAAAUUUCGAUUCACACACGAAGAGGUUGAGCCCAUGGGGGGAAUCCCAGACCCAACCCCCACCGAUUUGGACCCCCUAAAGGUCCCGGUCUCAAGAUAUCGACGAUACAGUGCUAACUAUUGCUUGGAUGUGCAGAAGAAUGCCAACACACCAAUAAAACCUCCACAUCCUCUCGUAAAUCCACAAUUAUCUCGACGAUCGUCAUCUGGGAUGAGUCUCGAUGUCAAUUCGAGACUAGAUUUUGAAGUUGCUGACGUAUUUAUAUUAGGUAGUCCACUAGGUGUCAUACUUGCACUUCGCAACUCCAUCAGUGGAAUUCAAGAACCCCCGUUACGGCCCGCGUGUGGAAGAAUCCACAAUACUUUCUACUUGGCAGAUCCUACUUCCAGUAGACUGGAACCUUUGCUUGAUUCCAGGUUUUCUCGAAUACCAGUAGUAGAUGUUGCGCGAUAUCACAAGUUUCCACUGGGAGAUGGGAGAUCUCUGUCAUUAGGUGAAAGUCUGACAACAAACCUCCAUUUAUUUCUCGAAUCGGAAUCGAAAGAAAAACGUAGAGGCAGCGAGUGGAGCGUUUCAUCUUACAAUGGAGAAGGCAUCAACAAUGCUAAUCAAGGCAUAGCAUGUGAUCAGUCAAGCAUAACUCAUGAUCACUCAAACAUGGAAUGUUUCCACGACGACAGUGAUAUACAAGAAGAUGAGGUCUGUAGCAGAGUUGCUUCUCGGUGGUUCGGGGAUCAACGUCUCGACUACGCUUUGUUCUGUCCGGAUUCUCUCUCGACGUUUCCAAGUGUAUCUUUACCGCACGUCUUCUAUGCCAGUUUCUGGGAGUCGACUGAUCUAGCUGCUUUUAUAAUAAGACAGGUUGUCCACCAAGAAAAUGUUUCAGUUUGUCUCGACUGUGAAACUAAACUUGUAACGUUCACUCCCUCAAUACCGAAAGAAAAAUGGGCAAAACGAAGAACUCACGUCAAGAUUAGAAACAUGACGUCAAACCACAGAGCAAAAGAUUGCGUAGCGAUAGAAAAUGGAGAACAAGUUUUAUCUGGAAGAUUUACCUAUGGACCAUUAGAUGUCGUAGCACUUACUGGAGAAAAAGUCGACAUUUAUAUUAAUUCUAUGAAUUCAUCCCAAGAAUGGUCGCUGAUUGCAACAGAAGUUACAGAUUCUCAUGGAAAGAUCACCUGCUCAGUUGCAAAUGAUAAACGUUUGCCUCUCGGUAUAUUUCCAGUAAAGAUGGUUGUGAGGGGAGACUUGACCAUUGCAGAUAGUUAUCUAGCUGUUCUUCCACCGCACACUGACUGUGUUAUCUUCAGUAUUGAUGGCUCGUUUGCAGCGAGUGUUUCCAUCAUGGGAUCCGAUCCUAAAGUAAGACCUGGGUCUGUGGAUAUUGUAAGGCAUUGGCAGGAGCUCGGCUAUUUGAUCAUCUAUGUAACAGCUCGACCAGACAUGCAGAAGCAUCGUGUUGUGACGUGGUUGGCACAUCAUAACUUCCCUCAUGGUCCUGUCUGGUUUUCCGAUGGUCUGGUGCAUGAUCCGAUGAAACAGAAAACUAAUUUAUUGAAACACCUUCAAACCGAGUGCAAACUCAACUAUGUAGGUGGAUAUGGGUCAAACAAAGAUAUAACAGUGUAUUCACAACUUGGGCUGACUAAUGAACAGAUUUAUAUCAUUGGCAAAGCGUCUAAGAAACAGAUUACACAAUGCACAUGGUUAUCCGAUGGAUACUCAGUUCAUCUCAGAGAGAUAAAGCAAACUUUGAAACCGGCAAAGUAUAAUGCUCAGAUUGCAAUGAAGAAAGGUUGUUUUGGGCUUCCUGGCCAUCGAAAUAAUUCAUCAAAGAAGCGUUCUUCAGGGAAACGAGGAACUUUACUUACUUCCUCGUUAAAAAAUUGACCUUUCAACUUAGAACUAUGAUCUGUGAUAAUGGAAAACUCAACUGUAGACUAAAUACUGUGAAAACAAAUAAAUAUUAUAAAGAACGCUGUUGACCAGCAUUGAUUAUACAGCCAGUGAAAUGUAUUAUAUUCUCUCCUAUGAGCAUGAUCACACUAAUCCUGACCCCAACAUGGACUGGUAACUGGACGAGAGGCCGUGGUUUGCCAUAUAAUUUAGCCGUCUUAUCAGUUUUCCCCUCUCCUGGGUAAAUGUGAAAAUAUUAUUCGUUUCACAGAUGCAUACUGUUUUCCAUUGCCAAUCAUGCUUGUUCUAAUAAGCAAUAAUACUAUGUAUUUUCGACUCGAGACACCUCUUUCAUAACUGUUGUACAUUUGCAUUUUCACUUCUUCAUUUCGAACGAAGCUUGUGCACGAAUCCACUGAUAACAAAAAAUUCAAUUCUAUUCCCAAGCAACUUUGAGCUUUGACUCUUUGCUGAUUAGAGAUAAUCUAGCUCUAGUUUCAAGCUUCUUUGGUAAAAAUUUGAUUUUGAACACCACUGUUUUCUUCCUGAACAUUAACAACUCUAUA